AUGGCGCGGCCCUGGCUGCAGCGCUGCAAGAUACUAUGGUUUCUGCUGGCUUCUCAAUGUCUUUGCGCUUGUGGUUCUUCCAUUGCCGCUGACCAGGACGGGCGCAGCCGUCUUGUUCGAUCCGUUGCGGUGCAGCCAGAUGCCGACUUCGAGCUGCCACUGCAACUUUGCAAUGGCACGUCGGUGGAGGAGUGUGAUCCUGGUAUGCCAGAGAAGCUGUGCAACGCGAGGUACGUGUGCGACGCGAAGUCCUGCUCCAUGUGUCGUCGAAUGGAGAAUCGGUGCGCGAAGGAUGCCAGAUGCAGAGCUUGA